UUUGUCAAAUUUCAGUCUGUACGAGAAAAGUGGUUUGAUGAUUUUAGUGCAAUGUAUCACCUCCUUCUGGAUAAAUUGAAAAGUCACCAGAGGGCGGCACUGUUGCCUCAGAAUUUGCCUGUAACAGCCCAACCACAAAGGAAGUCAAGUAUUACAACUGGGGUUGUGGAAAGAGGUCCAGCUGUUAUGGAGUUUGUUGACACUGAUAACCAAGCAUCAUCCUUGACUAUCAGUCCGACCCCUAUGUUGCAGAUGUUUGCUGAGAAUCAGAGUCUUGAAAAGUUUGGUGAGAUAGAUUUGGAAUCUGAUGGAGAGGACCCCAUGCCAGAAACAGUCUCUCGUUACCAGGUGAUUCGUCGACACACGGUUGGCCCUAGCGAUGCACGGCACAAACAGGUUUCGAGACCUCCCGCUGAAGACGAAUACAAGUUGAGUCAAAACUUUCAGCCAAUUGUAAUGCUUCAUUCUCCAACAGCAUUACCACUCAGUGCUUUGCCAAAUACGAACCUUCCUCAGAACCUACCUCUUGUACAGAAUCUGCCUCCUCAGAACUUCUCUGUGAAAGACCAACAUCUGUUGAAGCCACCAACAGUACUAGGAGCAGGUAAACUUGUACAAACCUAAUUAUCCUGGCAGUGAUGUUAAUAUGUUACUAGGAGCAGGUAAACUUGUACAAACCUAAUUAUCCUGGCAGUGAUGUUAAUAUGUUACUAGGAGCAGGUAAACUUGUACAAACCUAAUUAUCCUGGCAGCAGUGCUAAUAUGUUAUUAGGAGCAGGUAAACUUGUACAAACCUAAUUAUCCUGGCAGCGAUGUUAAUAUGUUACUAGGAGCAGGUAAACUUG